AUGGCGGCGAGGCUGCUGCUACUGGUGGCGCUGCUGGGGCCAGCCUGCUGUGUUCAACCAGACCUGCUGGAGUUCCUGCAGGCUGUCCUGAGGCCUCCUGUGGUGGUCCUGACUUGCUGGAGCAUUCGAGAGUCGGUGGAACUGGUGAAGGCUCUGUCCCAGGCUGGGUUGAUGACGUCAGUGCAGGACUGUCAUGGCCACAUCCCAGCUGCAACACCUUUCCAGCCAGUCACCUUCCUGCUGGACCUGCAGAGUGAGCAGGCUGCUGGUGUGAUGAGCAGCGAGGUGCUGAGGAGCAACCGUGUUGCAGACACUCCUGCCCAAGAGGGGGCCGGCGCCCGGGACACGUCCCUGCCCAUGUUCUCCUCCAUGAAGGUGUUCGUGGACAGCCAGGUGACGCUGGUGCACAGGAGGGGGCAGGGCAGCUUCUCGCUGACGGAGGUGUACAGGCUGGGGCCCGACCAGACAGCUGUCUUCACAGCCACGGGACAGUGGCAGAGGGGGUCGGGCCUGCUGGGCUGGCCCGCCAGGCGCACCAACCUGCACAGGACCACACUCAGGGCGGCCAUGGUGGUCACUGAAAAUGAGACGCUAGACCAUCUGACGGAUUUGCACAACAUUCAUGUUGACACAGUAACAAAGCUAAACUAUAUUCUGCUGCUUCAUAUUGGUGAUCUCAUGAAUGCGAGCAUGGAGCUGAGCAUAGUGGACACGUGGGGCUACCCCUCCAACGGCUCGUGGAGCGGCAUGGUGGGGAGUCUGCAGAGGGAGGAGGCCGACAUCGGGGCGACGGCUCUCUUCUUCACCGCCAACCGCUUGCCGGUCAUCGACUACAUAGCCAUGACGACGCCGACUAAGGUAGCCUUCGUGUUCAGGCAGCCACCAAUGUCCUUCGUGGCGAACGUGUUCCUGAUGCCCUUCAGCCAGGGAGUAUGGCUGUGCUCAGCAGGUCUGGUGGCUGUCUGCACCACUGCCCUGUACUGUGCCCUCACACGGGAGUCCAGGCAGGAUGCCUCUAGCCGUGCAGUCUCCUGGAGCGAUGUCCUGCUCUUGUCACUGGGUGCCGUGUGCCAGCAAGGCUCACAGGUGCAGCCACGGGGAACCUCGGGUCGCAUCGUCACCAUCGUGCUGUUCGUGGCUGUGCUGUUCCUGUACACGUCGUACUCGGGCUGCAUCGUGGCCCUGCUGCAGUCCUCCACGGACUCCAUCAGAACCCUGCAGGACCUGCUCAACAGCCGGCUGGAGCUGGGCGCCCACGACAUCGUCUACAACAGGUACUACUUCGAGACGGCCUCGGACCCGGUGCGCGCCGGUCUGGCGAGGAAGGUGCUCGCCCCGGGCCCCGGGAGGCACAACCUCCUGGAGCUCGAGCCGGGGGUGGAGCGGCUCCGUCUCGGGUUCUUCGCCUUCCACAUGGAGGUGUGUAGCGGCUACAAGGUCAUCAAGGAGACCUUCACCGAGGAGGAGAAGUGCGGGCUGCAGAGCAUCGGCGGAUACAUCCAGCCGGACACCAACGCCUGGAUCGCCGUGCGGAGGGGCUCGCCCUACGCGGAGAUCCUCAAGCGAGGGUACCGCAAGGUGCACGAGCACGGGCUGCAGAACCGCGAGCUGGUCCGACUGUACACGAGGAAGCCCGAGUGCACCGGCCACGCCUCCAGCUUCGUGAGCGUGGGGCUGGUGGACUGGUACCCGGCUCUGCUGGUCCUCCUCGCGGGCGCCGUCGCCUCUCUGCUCGUGCUCUUGAUGGAGUCGGCGGUCCACAGGAGGCUGUUACACUCCCACACUGUGUCCUCAGUAACCAUGGCCUGUGACUAG